CAUUCCAUCAGCCAGUCAUUGACAUAUAUCAUUGAAUCCAAUUAAGUCCUGGCUUUGUCCCGGUUAUAAAAGAGCCGCCAGAUCGAGUGGCUGCAAACAGUUGGGCGUUGGGAGUGGGUCAGAAUGCAUGUCCAGGAACUUAUUCUCGUUGCCGCGGUCCUAAUGCCCCAGUGCCUGAGGGCCCUGCGAUAUAGCCAGGGCACUGGCGACGAGAACUGCGAGACCCUAAAGUCGGAGAUCCACUUGAUCAAGGAGGAGUUCGACGAGCUGGGCAGAAUGCAGAGGACCUGCAAUGCCGACGUCAUCGUGAACAAGUGCGAGGGAUUGUGCAAUAGUCAGGUGCAGCCAUCGGUGAUAACUCCCACGGGGUUUCUGAAAGAGUGCUACUGCUGCCGCGAAAGCUUCCUCAAGGAAAAGGUCAUCACUCUGACCCACUGCUAUGAUCCGGAUGGAACACGCCUGACCUCUCCGGAAAUGGGCAGCAUGGAUAUUCGUCUUCGGGAGCCAACCGAAUGCAAGUGCUUCAAGUGCGGCGAUUUUACUCGUUAA